AUGUCGGAUGUGUCGUACUCCUUCUCAACUUGGGAGACCCUGCCGGAGGACGAACCUCCGCUGUGCAUCGCAGUUCGACGCCCAGAGUCACCUUCACGCCACUAUGAGGCGAGACGAGGAAUCAAAGACAACCUGGUCAUUCCCAACGGCAAAGCCGAACGCCCUGAAACCAAGAAACCCAACGGAUCCAUACAGAGUGGUGGCAAGAAUGCAGGAAAAGCAUUCAACCUCUCGAUGGAUCGAUCUAAACAUGGUAGCUCGUAUGGAGAUGUGGAACAGUGCAGUGAGAAGACAACAGAGCAAGAUGUUUAUUGGAAUUUACAUAUAUAA